AUGCCUGUGCCUGUGCCUGUGUUGCUGCGCGGGCCGAGGCUGGCUUUGUUGCACCGCGUGAGUGCAGGUAUGGCCGACACGACGGAGAAGAAAGAAGAGGCACAGCCAGCCAAAGCAACGCCCACCGCUACCACACCCGCCGCCGCCGCUCCUCCGCCAGAGGUAGCAUCAGAUCCCGAAGAAGACGACCUGUCGGACCUCGACGAUGUGCUCGAUGAAUUUGCAAACACCAAGCUCGAUGCCAAGGCACCGACCGCCUCAUCCAUAGCAGCGGCGUACCCCAAAUCUGGCAAUGUACCCUCGUCCUCCGGGCCUGGUAGGCCGCCUGAGGAUGUCUCGCCGGCGGAGCUGAUGCUCGACGACCAAGAAGAGUUCCAGAAGCAGUUGCAGAAAGAGAUGGAGCAGCUCCUUGGCCAGGGUGACUUCCAGAAGCAAUUCGAAGACAUCAUGAAGGAGAUGAGCGCCGAGCUCGGCGGAGCAAACCCUCUAGAUGCCGCUGGACCUGCGGGACCCAAGGCUGAAGGGGCUGCAGCGACUUCUUCUGAGAAGGAGACUGCCGCAAAGGCCGAGAAGAACUUCCAAGAGACCAUCAAAAAGACCAUGGAACGCAUGCAAUCCUCAUCCGAUACUGCCACGUCGGCUGCGGCAUCCUCGGCGCAAGACGACAUUCUUGCGCAGAUGCUUGCGUCGAUGGAAUCCGGUGGCUUUGGCGGCGAGGGAGGCGACGAGGACUUUAGUAAAGUGCUCAUGGGCAUGAUGGAGCAGCUCACAAACAAGGACAUCUUGUACGAGCCCAUGAAGGAGCUGGACGACAAAUUUCCCAAGUGGAUGGAGGAGAACAAGGAAAAGGUGGACAAGGACGACUUGAAGCGAUACGAGGAGCAGCAGACGUUGGUGCGAGAGAUUGUCGGCCGAUUUGAAAGGAAAGGUUACAGUGACGACAACGCGCAGGACAGAGAAUACAUUGUUGAGAGGAUGCAGAAGAUGCAAGCCGCCGGCUCUCCACCGCCGGAUCUGGUCGGCGACAUGAAUGCUGCUCAGGAAGCACUACAAGAUAUAGACCAGGGUUGUCCAACACAGUAA